AUGGCCGACUUCGCAGGCAUCAAGUCGCCUCGAGACAAGGGCACGCGUGACGUCGUUGUGGUCUACCGCACAGCUGGUCCGCUGUUUGUGGAUUUGCUCUCGCGAGACGACGGGACGGGAGCUCUUGUGAAGGCGUUCCGGAGGAAAGCGGAUGGGACCAUGGCAGUUGCUGAAGCUUCGGGUCGUGUGUCUCCGGGUGACGAAAUGGUGGCGAUUAAUGACGUGAACGUGACCAGCAUGGUGUUCAACGAGAUCAUUACGGCUGUGCAGGAGGCCACGUUUCCGUUGAAAUUGACAUUCCAUUGCCAUCGAACGAAGAAAGAGGAGCUGGAAAAGAAGCAGACUACAAUGCCACCGACGUCACCCUCGAGUAGUCCAGGGUGGGGUGCCAGACUGAGCCAGAUGACAAGGUCAGGAUCAUUUGAGCAGAAGACCAGCGGAACAGAUCUGAAUAGUGCCAAUCCACGGUCACCGUUGGCGUCCUCAGCGAAUUCAGAAUCGAACGGAGGAAAGUACGGGGUUUCGCGUGGAAAAGCAGGAACUGACGGUAUGAAAAAGAGCUUGUUGCGCAUGAUUGGCAACAAGCCAUCUAGGCCAGAGGAGGACAAGAAUGUGGUGAAAGCUUGGAUGGACAACCUCGCGCUGAAACCGCACAACAGCUCGGCAGGAGGCCGCCAUCGCAAAACACCUGCAAAUACAAAUGUAGAUGUGCCGCACUCGACGCCUAUUGUAGCCGUGACAACUGGAGGCCGAUUUGUUGGUGUACUGGAUGACGAUCUGAACGAAUUUACGCUCACGUGGUUUCGCAAGACGCCACCCGAGGCGGAGAUCAGACAGAUAAAGGGCGUCAAACGGUGUCCGUAUUUUCCUUCGGUGGAUGAUGUGGGCGCGAUUCUGUCAUUGCGUUGCGAGUCACUCCGCUUUGCACAUCUACAGCGUGUAGUAGAGAUGCCUCGACCGUUAGUACUGGAUGCAGACGUGAGAAAGACGGUGGACGUAUUUGUAGAAGCUGGCGCGGGUUCGUUUUCCGCUACUUUGGCAAGCAAUGAGCACGAAAGCUUUCAAAUCAAGAUUUCGGCAACAUCGGUGGCUCUUGUAAAAAGAUCAGAAGACGAUGGAGGUGUCGUCGUGGACGCUGCCUACGGUCCAUAUCUUCAGGUACUUCUGGACCCUAGCAACCAGCUCCGCUUCACCAUAAAGGUGCGAGAGCUUGGUGGUUUCUUGGGUGCCCGUGAAGGAGAUAUGUGCGAUUUGCAAAAUCGGCGAGAGCAGCUCGGAACUCUGUCUUGCUUCUUUUUGGUGGCUCAGAACAGGCAAAAUCGCGACAUUUUGACGCUGCUCAUUCGUACGUUCCGAGCUCGUUUGAUUUCACCCGAGCAAGAAGAAAUAGCUCGAGCCGAUGAGAGAAAUUUGUACAUGGACCCGGCGUUUGACGUCGCUGCAGCAUCCCCGCUACCACCAGCACCACUGAUUGCAACUCAAAGCGUGGGGCCACACUUGGGCGGAAUGUCCCCCGCUAGUGGCUCUACUGCGACGAGAGAUUCUGCAGGUAGUGCAGGGUCGCCGCCGUCGGCAACAACUCCGGUAUCAGGAGCUACUUCUUCGCCUAUUGCUAGGAAGCUUCUUUCGGUACAACUACAAAGCGAGGGGUCGCUAAGCUCCGUGUCUAGUGCGCGGCUGAGUGAUCUAGUUGGUUUGAACCGCGGAAAUUCUGGUCAGCUGAUGAAAGAGCAAACAUCGGACUUCACUUUACCUACACCAAGACCACCUCGUGCAUCCGUGAUGGCAAGCAAAAGCGGUUGUGGAGUGAGCGGCACAGAUGUUGGUGCCGACAAUUCGUUUUUGGAAGGUCGUCUUGCUGCACAAGACAAGGAAAUAAACAUGCUUCGAGAGAAGCUUGUAUCGGCGUCGGUUCUCCAAAAAGUAGCAAUGCAGGAGAACAAGCAGAUUGCUGCAUCCAUCGAGCUAAAGAACAGUCGCAUCGAGUUGCAUCAAACGAAGAUCCGGCAACUUGAGAAGCUUGCGAGGCAACAUGAUACACAAGCACGCGAAACGCAGAUAUUGCAGUCAAAACUAGAGAAGGUAGAGAGGCAGCUGGCAUCUUGUCGACAAGAACUAGAGCAGCUGGCUGGAGUUGCAGCAAAGCGAACAGUAACGAUGCUGGACCAAGACACGCAAACUGAGGCCCAGUUUUUCAAUGGAGAAAAGCGGACAGAUACCGCUGUGCUCGCAGCACAAAACUGGAAACGUGAUGCUUGGUUUGGGACUGUCGCAACGGUAAGCACCACCGACCUACAACAACAAGUAGAAGACCAGCAGGUGCAGAUUGCUCAGCUGGAGGACAAACACGUGACUUUGGUGGCCGAACGCAACAUGCUUCGCACUAAAUCAACAGAGCUGUCGAGGGAGCUUCGCAGACUUGUGGUGGCCAACGACAACCAGCCACUGGAUGAUCUUGCAGCACAACUCACGGAGCGAAGACGCCUGCAGGUGGAGCUUGUCUCAGUUAAAGCUGAUGCGACAAAAACAGCUCACGAAUUGGCAGAGCUCAAACGCCUCUUCGACGGUGGUGGUGACAAGGUCAAGGGUAGCAAGCGUCUUGUAGCUCGGAACAACGAGCUGCUGCGCACUGUGCAGCAGCUGAACGAAUCUCUGAGUGAAGCCAGAGACCAAGUCGAUGCAGUCAAGAAGGUCAACAGCUCUCUCGCCUUCCGUCUUCAUCGUCUGCAACCGGACGCUCGUGGUGGCAUUGUCGAAUGUGUGCCUUCCUCUCCUUCGACCAGUUUUCCGGCUUUCUCGUCCGGCGAUGAAGACGGCGACGACGACGAGGAGGAAGAGGAUGAAGAGCUCCAAGAUGGCAUUGCCGCCUUUCGACGGUCACUGACGAGACGGUGA